AUGCAGUCCGUCAACAAUCAGAUUAACGGUAUGGGAAAUAAUGAGCAGUUUUUUGGGAAAGGAACUGUUCUCCCUCAGAUGAAGCAAGGUAUGAUGUUUUCCCCUUCUAUGAACGCCACACGAAUGCUACCCCAACAAGCACAGCAACAAGCACAAUUACUGCAAGGUUUGGACAAUAAUAAUGCAGGAUUACAAAAUUCUUAUUUAUUGAAACAAAAGAUGGAUGUGGUGAACAACGCGUUUGGUCAACAGCAGCAGCAGCAGCAACAACAGCAACAACAGCAACAACAACAGCAACAGGGUAAGAUGGCAAUUCCUAACAAUGGUCAAAUAUCCAUGAUGAUGCAGAACAGCAUGUCUGGGAAUAUUCCUCAAAAUAAUGGUAUCCCGCAACAAGUUCAAGUUCAGUUUCCUUUGCCCGUUCAACAACAGCAACAGCAACAGCAACAAAAUAUACCAAAUAACCGAGAUACUAUACUUCCUAAUUCCUCACAUACACCAAUUUCUUCGCCAGCUCAUUUGUUAAUCAGGGAUGUGUGGCAAAGCAACGUGAACUUCGAAUUUGCAAUUAUUCGAAAGAUGAUAGAGCAAUAUAAGGUUGUUUCAAUUAGCACAGAGUUUGUAGGCACCAUAGCAAGACCAAUUGGAAACUUCCGUUCAAAAACAGAUUAUCAUUAUCAAACUAUGAGGUCAAAUGUUGACCUUUUGACUCCAAUCCAAAUCGGACUCUCUUUAAGCGACCUUCAAGGAAAUAAACCUGAUAACUUCCCUUCUACUUGGCAAUUCAAUUUCCACUUUGACGUAACAAAGGAAACCGUUAACUCAGAAUCUCUAGAGCUCUUGAAGAAAUCAGGGGUCAUCUUAGAAAGACAUCAACAAAAUGGUGUGGAUUUCGACGAAUUCACCCAAUUAAUGAUGGACUCAGGACUACUUUUGAACGAUGAAGUCAUCUGGAUAAGUUACCACGCCGCAUACGACUAUGGCUUCCUUAUCAACCGUCUAAUGAAUGCAAGCAUGCCAAAUAACAAAGAAGAUUUUGAGUGGUGGGUACAAAAGUAUAUUCCCAUGUCCUACGACCUCAACUUAAUCAACAAACUCGUUCACGAAGUAACGCAGCAACAUCCUCACCCACCACCACCACACUUAUUGCAAAAUCAGCAGCAACAACAGCAGUACACUCUUGAACUACUGGCAGAUGAGUUAGGUAUCCCAAUAUUUCCACUCUUCAGCAGUGCCGCAGGCCAGAGUCUUUUGGCACUAUUGGCAUACACUCAACUUGGAAAGUUGUCGAUGUAUAAGCUUCGCAACGGUACUGAUUUUAGUUAUUACCGAAACAUGAUAUACGGUAUCACUCAAGAGUAG